GUCGGAAGGAAGUCGAAAUUCACAGUGUUUGUUAGCAUUUAUCAAAAAGAGGACGUUAUUGGUGGUACAUGUAUUUAUUUGAGAAUUUUAAGAUUUUUGCGAACUUCAAGAUUCUCGUCUAGGUGGCCGGUGAUAAUUCAAGAUGUCCAUUAAUCAAACACUAGGAGAAAAUUACGACGAUGAGAGCCUCAAAGAACGCUAUGUAUUUCUCUACGAUCUGCCAAGCUUGCAAGAAAUAUCAUCUUAUGAAGUUUGCCGAACAAUCUGGUACAGCAAUUUAUCAAAGUACCAACUUAUCAAAGCUGAAGAUACUAACGUUAUUCACUGUCGUUUUAUGAUCGGGUUACAUCUUUUCGACCAUUACCAGGAGCACAAUGAGCAACUUAUGAAGCAUUUGAAUGUUCCUGCUUCAAUUGAAGAUAUUCUCGAAAAUUCCAUGAAUAAGGUCUGUACAGAGAUUCGAAAUUGGGUGCUAGAUUUUUACUAUGGCACAUUAAAGCUCGAAGAUCACUGUGGAAUUCGCCUUAUUGAUCCAAAGUGGUGGGUUUGGUCGAUAAAUGGAGAAAUCGACUGUUCAAAGAGCGCAAGAAGGAUUCUAAAAGAUGUUAGUUUGACUGAAUGGCAGAAAUUCCUCGUGAUGUGUAGAUAUUGCAUGGCAGACGAGAUAAAUAAAUUCUCGUCGGAUUGCCUUCCGUCCCAAUUUUUUACUAGACAUUUUCAUGAAAGCAAUUUUAUUUGCUUUUAUUGGAUUUGUUAUCUUAGAAAUGAACUGCACAGAAUACCAGUCAGAAAUAAUGAUUCAGUAGACUGGACCAUUUCUAGAUAUCAUGCUGAGUUAGAGAUUCUUAAAAAUGUUUUCUGGAGUCGUUUAAAUGACGAUCAGCGAGUAACACUUGUUGCUUAUUGGAUUAAUGAGUCUGUUGUAAGAAGUACAAGUGACUUUAUUUGUUUGGAACAAAUUAUUUCUAAAAUGUCUCGGUCUCUGCAACAACGUUUGCUGCGUAAAACGAGCAACACAAUUGUAAAAUUUUUCGCUUCAUAUUCCGAUUCAUUACGAUGUACACUUUGGGCAUGGAGUCAUGUUGGAGAUCAGAUGACUGUAGAACAAUUUGCUGAAUUGAUUGAAAAAUUGUUGAAAACAAAUGUAACUUGGAAGUCAACGUCUUUAUUGGAUGAGAUUUGGAGCACUGCGUCCGCUCAUCAGAGAAAUCAUGUUAUUCAGACAAAGUUGGACAAGUUCAUGGAUUUGUUACUGGCUGAUGGGGAUUCGACAUUCUCUGACCGAUUUCUUCAGCUCAUAUCCGCAGAUGAAAGAAAAAAAUUGAUUUUUAGACUACCAAAUCGUGAAAUUCUUCUAGAGUGUGAUAUAGAUUUUUUGAGCAGCUUCCUGGACCUGUAUUUGCCAAACCCGGAUGACCAAUUGACGUUGAAAAAAUUGGUUAUUGAUUCUCCUGCAUUUGUAGGACAUUUAAAGUACUUGUUGAAAUGUAUGGAGUACGAAAGUUUCGAUGAAGCAUUGGAGUUUUACUUUUCUCAUGAUGCGGCUGCUGCUCAAAUAUUCAAACGAGACUUCCUGGAACAGAAAUUGAAAACUAUGGAUUUCUUUUUUGACAUCAAGUUAAUUACAAGUACUGAUACAUGGGAUGAAUUCAGCCGAUUCAUUGAUGAGAUUUUUGAUGACGAUCCGAAACCAGGGUUGAUGGUUAAGCAAUGGUUUAUCACAUCAACAUUUACCGGAUUUACCUUCUGGGUCAGCCAAGGGAUGUUAGACCUCUUCCCUAAACUUAGGCGGGGUUUCGAUGACUUUGUGAAAAUUGUCGAAAUGGUGUUCAAGAAUGACGAACUGAAGAAUGUGAAACGCUUGUUUUUCGAUGAAUUUUGCUCAAUAUCCAUUGAUCCUUCCUGUAGAACCUAUUUUGUGUAUAAUUUCCAUAACGAUAUUUUUUUUCCAAAGUUUAUGCAGUGGUGUUCGGUGCAUAAUGGAAAACCAAUUUUAAAGUUGUAAUUUAACUAAAUAUACCUACUCAUGUGUAAUUUA